UAAUUAUAUACUAUCUACACGUUAUAUUAUAUUGUUUUGGUGUAUUAUAUUAUAUCAUAUAAUAUAAUACUUUAAUAAUUCACAUUAUCUAUAAUCAGUGCUAUAAAAGCAAACGGCUCUGCUACAAACCUCGUGACGCUCUCAUUUAACUUUUCCGAUCCGGAGUUGCAUUUACGAUCAACAAUUCUAAGGUAUGAUGAGGGGAGGAGGAAGAAGGAUAUGCCUAAUAUUAGUGGGAUUAUUAUGCCUGUUGACCACUGAAGCUUAUGAAGUUGGACUCACUUUUUUAAAUAGUGCUGUUGCUAAAGGAGCAGUUUGUUUGGAUGGAAGUGCACCUGCAUAUCAUAUAGACAAAGGAUUCGGUGCAGGUGUCAACAAUUGGCUGGUUUUCUUCGAGGGAGGAGGUUGGUGCAACAAUGCUACGGCUUGCCUAACGCGUAAAGAUACCCGUUUAGGCUCAUCCAAGAAAAUGUUGACAACCGAGACCUUCUCGGGGAUGUUUCAUAACAAGGCAAAGUAUAACCCUGAUUUUUAUGAUUGGAACAGAAUCAAGGUUCGGUACUGUGACGGAGCUUCUUUUACCGGUGAUGUGGAAGCAGUUGAUCCCAAAACCAAUCUUCACUACAGAGGAGCAAGGAUUUUCCGCGCUGUUAUUGAGGAUUUAUUAGCAAAAGGCAUGAAGAACGCUAAAAAUGCCAUGCUUGCUGGCUGCUCAGCUGGUGGACUGACUGCCAUAUUGCAGUGUGACAAUUUCAGAUCACUUUUACCUGCAACUACUAACGUGAAAUGCCUAGCGGAUGCUGGUUUUUUCAUUAACGGGAAGACGAUUAUUGGAACAAGUCACAUCGAAGGCUUCUUUGCAGAUGUUGUCAAGACACAUGGAUCGGCUAAAGUUUUGUCUCCAGCUUGCACUUCGAAAAUGAGUCCUGGUCUGUGCUUUUUCCCACAGAAUAUGGUGCAAUAUAUCAAGACACCGAUUUUCUUGAUUAAUGCAGCCUAUGAUUCAUGGCAGAUCAAGAACAUAUUGGCUCCAGGAGUUGCGGAUCGAAAAGGCACCUUUCGUGAAUGCAAACUCGAUAUAACAAAGUGUUCAGCAGCUCAACUCAAUGUCCUGCAAGGGUUCAGACAGGAGUUCUUGCGGGCGUUGACUGGAUUCGGAAACUCUCCUUCAAGAGGAUUGUUCAUCAACUCUUGCUAUUCCCACUGCCAAACUGGAAUCCAAGAAACAUGGUUGAGAAAUGAUUCUCCACUGUUGGGCGGCACGACAAUUGCGAAAGCUGUUGGAGACUGGUAUUAUGGGCGAGCUGCGUUUCAAAAGAUCGACUGUCCAUACCCAUGUGAUAAAACAUGCCACAAUCGUGUUUUCGACUAGAAGGUUACAUUGUUUGGUGGUUCUAAAGAACAUCCACCAAGAAAGUUUAAUUUAUGUAACAAGAUAAGAUACAUGCCAGUACACUAUUUUCUUUGAUGCUGGUUCGUGCCGGUGUUAUGGAUAAACGGACUGUGUGUAUCGAAAGGAUCAACGUCCCCGGUAUGGUGGAAGGCUAGCUUUUAGAUAUACAAAAGUUGAAAAGUGUAUACGGUGAUGAAAUAAAUAUCAUCCCAUGUGUGGUGUUGGUGUGGUUCUUUGUUCUUGAAAAUAAUUCUAAUUAAUAAAUGUGGUUAUGAUGUGAUUUUGUGUGGUUUAUAAGCACUUUAUGGUCAUGGUUGAGGUUGAGAA